CGACAAUAGCCUGAAACCAAUUCGGCCCGCGUCAGUGCGCUUCUCGGCGGAUGCGCCUGCAGAGAAGUAGCUUUUUCCUCUUCCAGAGGGAGCGUCUGGGCGCAGGUGUGGGAAGGAACGAGAUACCAAUGUCCUGCCUUAUAAUACCCUGAAGUCUGUGGUAAAAAACGGAAGUUUUAGCUUAAUCAUUUGAGAGUUGAGCGCAUGCUACUGAAGUGGCUUUUGAAGGACCACCCUUUUGGGGAGGAGACCACCACAAACAGAGUGGGAACAGAAGUUGGCUCUCUGUCUCGCUGACUCUGGCUUCUUAGUUUAGUGGUGACGGCGCAGGCUUUGGUGAUUGGCUCUGGUUCUCGGCCUGGCAGGCAGUUUGGGAUUUGGUUGAAACAUAAUAAGAAAAAUGGGUUAUGACAUUGAGCGUUUUGUUGGGUACGUCAACAAAGGACUGUUGUGCUGCAUCUGCCAAGAUGUUUUGGAAGACCCUUUACAAGCUCCUUGUGAACAUGCUUUCUGUGCUUCCUGUAUUCAUGGAUGGUUAGUGCAUCACAGCAACUGCCCUGAAGAUAGGCAAGCACUUCAUAUGUCAAUGCUUGGACCUCUUUACAGAUAUAUGCGAAAUGAUCUAAAUCGACUCCAGCUUCACUGCAGAAAUGGAGAACGUGGCUGUGAAAUGGUCUGUUCAUUAGAAUUAGUGGAGCGGCAUGAAAGGGAAUGUGAAUAUGGUUGGAUAUCCUGCACAAAUACAGGUUGUCCAGUUCAAGUUGAACGGCAUAACUUAAAUGGUCAUUUAGUAGCAUGUGAAUACCGAAGCCAGGAAUGUCCCAAAGGCUGUGGUUACACUGUCUUCAACUUAGAAGACAUGCAGCAUAACUGCAUAGCGGAGCUGAGAUCAGAAGUAGAGCUGCUUAGAUCAGAGAUAUACAGUGCGGAAGAGGCAAAGCACGAGAUGGAGUCUAGAUUGGAUUCACAGAGGCAGCACAUGGUACAAAAAGAAAGUCUUCUGAAAAAUGAAAUUGGAGAACUAAAGAGUCAGAUAUCCCAAAUGAUGUCCAGUGUGCAGUCUCUCAUAGGAACUGAGAGAGAGCUCCGUCAGGAGAUAGAACAGACAGAGCUGAAAAGACAGGAGUUAAUGGAACUUCUGAAGAGCCUACAGGUCUGUAGGUUAACAACUGCAGAUGGAAAUGAGAGAUCAACCAGCUUCCACUCUUUGACACGACUGGAAAGUAUGAAAAAAAAACAAAAAACAGGGAGGUGACAAUCAUCUAAAGAAGGUGCUGCACAAUUCUUCAACCUAGGAACAUCCAUAAUGGAUCUGUCACCUUAUUGCAGUCAUAUGGACUUUGUAAUCAUUUGCUUCUAAAUGUAGCACUUAAUCGUAAUUGCUAUGCUAUAUUGAGUCAUUAACUCUAAAAAUUUUUGAACUGUGCUGCUACUUAGAAAUAGAGUUACUUCAGACACUUUACUGCAUUAAAUUAUUCUCUAUAUUUUCAUGUUUAGAUUUACAUUUUAAGUACUUUUAUCCCAAAUGGAAAUUAUAUUUAAAAAACUGUCUACAUCACUGUUUUAAAGACAUGUACUAUGCCAUAGAAUAUGUGCCUUUUAACAUAUGGAUUUGUCAGGCAAGUUUCUAUAUCACUUGCAUAAUCAGUUACACUUAACUAGGUAAACUUAAUAGGAAAAUAUUCACUAUUUGAUUAACAAAAUAGGGCUUUAUGAAACUAAUGAUACUUAUCAUCUUUGAAUAUGCUGCAUUGCUAUGAUUAAUUUGCCUUUAUAAUAGUCUUCCAAAUAAAUCUUUCUUUAUAAA